AUGGAACCACCGGAUCAAGCACCAAAGCCGGACACAAUCGCAAUGAACGAGUCGGUUGUUGAGCCAGCUGUUCCAGCAGAUACGCUAGGCAACAAACGGCCGGCCUCUGAACCUGCUGACCGCCACGAUGGAAGCCACGCGGGGGAUACAGAAGGCGCUCAGCACGCUGGGGUCCCGUCUCUGAAACGGCUCAAGACAUCUGGCUCUCCGAACGAGAUCAAGUCGCCGGAGGCCAUACCUGCGCAACCGGAGCCAGAACAAACUGGUUCGGCGCCCAUCCAGGCGCUCUCGGGGGCUCGCAGCGGCUGGAACCAGGGAAUCGUCGGUGGCCUGCGGACGUCGUUCGGGGCGAAGGAAAAGGCUCGCAAGCUGCCGUCUCGCCAGGCUUCGGAAUCACCCGCGCAAGCGGCGCAAGCACCAACGACGGAGACGACCGACAUCGACGAUCUGGAAAUGCCACCAGAAGAGGCCAGUGUCUCCAAAUCUACUCCUAAGGGUGCUUGGCCGGCUAUCUUUAGAAGGUGGUGCGUCCGAUUGCUAGCACUAAAUCAAGACCAAGCAGGUUUGAGGAACGACCCAGCUAUGUUGAAGGAGGCGUGGGGUUUAUGGCUGGAGGCAAGAGCGUCUUUGCCGCGAGGCUAUUGCAUCUAUGCCACGAAGGUAGCCCGGAACGAACCACUCGACAGCAACCAACUCGGGACCAUGUUCUCUGCGGCCCUUAAAGCCGACCUCCAGGCACCGUGGAACGUGGACGAUGCAUCGCUUUCCCUGGGACCUUCCAAGAGCGUUGCUAACGAAAGCAAUGGGUCGCCGUCGCUAGGCGGCCAGGGCACAAACGCCGGCUGGGUGCUGCCGCCGCUUCCUCCCUCUUCAGAGUUUGAUGUGGGCUUAAAGGAUGAACGGGCUUGGGAGAUCAAGUUCCUUGACUGGUGCAGGACGCUGAUCGGACUAAACGCAGACAAGAUCAAGGUCGACAGUCCGAAAGACCGAUCGCGGGUCACAGAGGCGUACUCGAAAUGGGUUGGCAAAAUUGACGGGCUGGUCAAGUCCAGGAUGAGCGCUGCCCGGCGUGUGGCGACUCAUUACGCGCAGGACAACAGCGCAUUGCUCGUCGCCUUGUUUUUCGGCACCCCUCCCGGCGGAGGGGACCGGAAGAGCCUAGAACCCGCGGGUCCUACUCUUCCAAGCCGGCCCCCCGCUCCCCCCUCCGUAAUUUCUCUUUCUAGUGGAACAGACGAGGAAGAGGGUGAGGCACGCGUCGAGCCGAGGGAGAUGCGCCCCCGCGACAGCGAGGAAGAGUACUGCGAAACGUACUACCCCGACGCUGCUGUAUCCGGCGGGGUAUCGUUUUGCCACGCCUGCGCAUCUCGAAGCCACAGCGCGGCCGAGUGCCCCGAGAAGACGUGCCGCUUCUGUGGUGACCGGGAACACCGUACUUUCGCCUGUCCAACGCGUGUCCGAUGCACAAAGUGCAAGCAGCUUGGUCACCGCCGGCAUGACUGCCGCGAGAAACUGGUAACACCCGCGGAUCAGUUGGAAUGCGCAUUUUGCGCAUCGCGGGAGCAUGGUGACGCGUCGUGUCACGAGCUCUGGAGGAGUGUCCGGCCCGCGCCCGACACGGUGCGGAAGGUCCGCGAAUUACCCAUCUACUGCUACAACUGCGGCUAUGGGGGCCAUUACGGCCCCGCCUGCGGGCUACUGCCGGUGCGGACAAAGGAGGGGCCUUGGGAGACGUGGAGUCGAGCCAAUGCCGAGCUGUACCAAGACGCGGCCUCGUCAGAGGUGGCCGUGGCGUUCGAAUCCUCCCGUUCUUCCGGCUCGACUAAAACCACGUCAGGGCGCCCGGACUUUGGGAAAAGCAUCGUCCCGCAACGGCAUAUUUUCUUCGAAGAGGAUGAUGACGAGGAUGAUGAUAAUGACGCAGGGAACUUUAUACGACCGCCUGUGCAGAGGAAUGGACCGCAGCGAGUUGGGCACCACCAGAUUAGUUUCGCCGGCGGCCAGCAAGGUCACCAGGGCAGGCCGGACAACCAACAGCAACAACAACAGCAGCAGCAGCAGCAAAAGCGAUUCAACAGGGGACCGGGGCCUCAUCCGGGGCCACGGGCGCCGCGGGGUGGCCGGCGGGGUAACGAGAAGCCGUACAUGGGCGGACGGAUGGCGCAAAGGAAUGGGGAGCGAAACAACCGGAUGGGCGGGUAUUGA